AGAAGUACAUGAAGCAGCUGUUGGGGGCUAACCGGGACCGGAUGGGCGUGGACCAGAAGGCCGUCCUCCUCGUCAGCAAGGUCAACGAAAGCAAACGACACGUGCCUCCCUUCACCACGUGGAAGGACCCGAGGAGCUGGCGUCCGAAGCCGUCGGCGCCGAGCGUCCUGCAGGACGAGGACCACAGCGAGGACGAGUCUACAGGAGGACAGCUGGUUGCUGGGAGACACGACGGCGUCUCCAGUGCCAGCCUGUCUGCGCUGGACGUCUGCGUCACAUCGGAGGACAAACGCUACUUCAUCAGCGAGACGGACGACAUCUCCAACCUGGAGACCAGCGUCCUGGAGAGUCCCCGAGACACGCAGCUGUGGAUCAAACUGGCCUUCAAGUACCUGAACCAGAACGAGACGUCUCCGGCGGAGGGUCUGGAGGCGGCCCUGAACACGCUGUCCCGCGCCCUGGAGAGCAACUGUGACAACCCCGAGGUGUGGAGCCACUACCUGGCCCUGUUCUCCCGGCGGGGGAGCCGCGACGAGGUGCAGGAGAUGUGUGAGAUGGCCGUGGAGCACGCCCCCCACUACCAAGUCUGGUGGAACUACCUGAAGCUGGAGAGCUCCUUCGAGGGGAAGGACUACGUGUGCGAGCGCCUGCUCCACUUCCUGGUCUCCGAGGCGUCCUCUGGGGUCUCGGACAAGCUGUCCUUCCAGCUGAUGGAGGCCCUGCUGUACCGAGUCCAGCUGAACCUGUUCACCGGUCGCCUGGACCGGGCCCUGGCUCUGCUGCAGACGUCCCUGAAGGCGGUGCAGCAGCCCAGCGUGGCGGACCUCCUGCAGCCCAGAGACCGGGUCCUGGUCUGGCUCUGCUACAUCCACCUGACGGAGUUCGAGCGGCUGCCGUCCUGCCUGCAGGACCCGGCCGAGUCGGGUCCGUCCCGCCUGGUCCGCAGGGACAGCUUCCUGCUGCCCUGGAGGACGCCACAGGACGUCCGCACGCCGCCGGACAUCCUCAUCGCGCUCUUUCAAGACGGAGUCCGUCAGUGCAGUGAUGAGUCUGUGUCUCCGAGCGAGAGGACGCUGGCCUGUCUUCCUCUUCACACCAACCUCAUCGUCCUCAACACGCUGCUGGGCAGGUUUGACGAGGGCGUGUCUCUGUGCGAGUCUCUGCUGUGCUACUGUCCCGAGUCGUGUACUCUGAGAGACGCUUUGGCCGAGCUCCACAUCAGGAGGGGGGAGACGGACCAGGCGGUCAGCAUGUGGCUCCACGCCCUGGCAGAGUGUCCCAACAACGCCGAGGUCUUCUACCACUCGGCCAAGUUCCUCAUGGCUCAGGACAAGUCGAGCGCCAUCACUCCUCUGUUCCGAGGAUUCAUCCUGUCGCUGUGCGAUGAUGAGCAGAGUCAGAAGAAGCCCGUGGACGUCCUGCGACACAUCCUGGGUUUCCCCACCGAGGAUCUGCUGAGACGGCCAAUCAGCAGCGAGCUGCAGGAGACGCUGAGUCAUCAGAUGCCAUACCUCCACCUAAUCCACUGUCGCUGGCAGUGGCUGCACGGCUCCGUGGAGGACGCAGUGGACGCCUUCGAGAGAGCGCUGGGGACGAACAUGCAGCGGGACGAGCUGCACAAGCUCUGGAUGGAUUACCUGGUGUUCAGCAGCAGUCAGUCCAAGCGGUUCUCAGACCUGGUCCAGCGUUGUCUCAGCACCGUCCCGUCCCGUCUCGUUGUCCCCUUCAACCCGGCCGAGUUCUGGAGCUGCUACAGCUUCCACAACAAGGUGGUGACUCUCUACCUCAGCUGUUUGCCGCAGUCCCAGCAUGCACCUGUUCUGGAGAGGCUGAGAUACGCCAUGCCCAACAACAUUGAACUAGGCCUGAGGUUGCUGCAUCAGGAGUGGCAGGACGGGAACAUCGAACACCUCAAGUUCCAGGUGCGGAUGCUGAGCAGUCACGCUCCCAGGUGUUUGGCCAACUGGAAGAUAGCGAUCGCUGUGGAGAGGGAGCUGAACCAUUCAUCUGAGGUGCGUCUCCUGUACCAACAGGCUCUCCACAACCUCCCGCUGUGUGCUGCCCUGUGGAAACAUCGGCUGCUGUUCGAGAGGCUGCAGAAGGCCCCCCUCCUCCGAGCGUCUGCGGCGUCUCCUGGACCGAUGUCAACAGGUGGGAGUGAGUCUCAGUGACAGUGGUGGACAGGUGUCAGCAGGUGGACAGGUGCCCCCCGGAGGACAGGUGUCCCCCCCCGCAGGCGGACACAGUGAGUCCAGUUACAGACAGAAGAUCAGACCACUCCCCACUCCCCCCCCCCCCCAACCCCCCCCCCCCCCCCCCCCACAGACUCAAACCAGAGACACACAGAGAGAUCUGAUUGGCUGUAGACAAGUCGCACGCACCCGGUCUCCCUGACCCCCGUCCCUGAAAGACCAGAGACCAUAUCCUGCAGCUGCUGCGAACCGUAACCUGCUGCGUUAUUAAUCAUUAAUUAUUCAUCAUUAAUUAUUCAUCAUUAAUGUAAGAUCUGACUCCAGAGCAGUUACACGUCCCUAAAAUAUUUCAUUUUUUCCCCUAAAAAUCUUUAACAUUUCAUUUAAAAAUGUAAUUCUUCUUUCCUAAAUAUGUUGAACUUUCUCUGAAAAAUAUUUAAAAAAUUUAAAUAUUUAAAAAAAAAAAUAAUAUUAAAAACAAAUUCUAAAUGUUACAACUUUUUUCAUAAAGUAUUCCAACUUUUUUCAACCCCCUAAAAGCAGUUUUUAAGGACUUGUUAAGGUGAUAUUAGAGAUAUUAAAGAGAUAUUAAUCAGAUAUUUGAGAUAUAUUUGAGAUAUAUUUGAGAUAUAUUCGAGAUCUUAGAGAGAUAUUAGAGAGAUAUUAGAGAUAUUAGAGAUAUUAGAGAGAUAUUAGAGAGAUAUUAGAGAGAUAUUAAAGAGAUAUUAAUCAGAUUUAGAGAGAUAUUAGAGAUAUUAGAGCUAUUAGAGAGCUAUUAGAGAGAUAUUAGAGAGAUAUUAGAGAGAUAUUAGAGAGAUAUUAAUCAGAUAUUAGAGAGAUAUUAGAGAGAUAUUAAUCAGAUAUUAGAGAGAUAUUAGAGAGAUAUUAAUCAGAUAUUAGAGAGAUAUUAGAGAUAUUAAUCAGAUAUUAGAGAGAUAUUAGAGAUAUUAAUCAGAUAUUAGAGAGAUAUUAGAGAUAUUAAUCAGAUAUUAAAGAGAUAUUAGAGAUAUUAGAGAUAUUAGAGAGUCCUCGAGGCUGAACAGCGCUGCGCGUGAAGGAUAUGGUCCUGGUGUCGGGGGGGCGGGCGGGGGGGGCUGUGCGUGUGGACGUGGUCCGAGAGACAGACAGACGAGACGAGGUGAGACGGCGUCCUCCUGCGGGACACCGCCGUGCCGGGACGCCGGGCCGUAAGUAUCAGCUGCAUUUGGAUCAUUUCCUCCUUCUGAUUGGUUGGGCCUGUGUGUGUGUGUGUGUGUGGGAGGGGGGGGGCCUUUGCCCCUCCCCCAGCAGUGUGUAUGGGGGGGUAUGACCUGUACCCCCCCCCCAGCAGUGUUUUUUAAGGAUGCCCCCCCCCCCCCCGGAAACUCUUUUCUUUUGCUCGGAGACUCCCAGAGACGCGGGGACGGAGACGGGACAGGACACGUUUUCUGAUGUCCAAUAAAUUCUACCAGAUAUCUAUAUAUAGUAUAUAUCUAUAUAUAUGGUGUGUAUAUACAUAUACAUAUGGUAUAUGGUAUGUGUACUGUAUAUACUACGUGUGUGUGUAUAUAUAUAUAUAUAAGUAUAUAGACGUGUAUCUCUGAGGACGGACCAGGAGCCGAGUCCUUCACUCUGGUUUUUAUUGUACAUGUUGGAGUUCAUGUUAUUAAAUUAUGUUCUGAAGACAAGA